CGUUCAAGCGCACACAAGACGAAAGAUAGUUUGCGCGAAGAAAAUCUGCUUUUGCAUUAUCAUUGCCUCCUCCGACGAACUUUCAGUUCUCGAGCUUCCGACCCCCCUCCCCCCCGGGGCCUUUUAUCGGCUAAUCAAAUUCAAACAAAUCGUGCCAGUAAUAAACUCAAAAUGCUUCCAUUGAUCCACGUUUUGUUACUAUUUUCCUCGCUGUUAUCGUUUUCCCCGUCAAUCAGUGCAUCGCAGGAACAUCAGUUCAAGGUGGAUGCGAAGGUAUUGGAACUGGAAGAAUCCGAUUUCGAUUCUGUUAUAUCAACUUUCGAUUAUAUUCUUGUCAAUUUCUACGCCCCUUGGUGUGGCUACUGCAAACGCCUUGCUCCAGAGUUGGAUAAAGCUGCCCCUGUUCUAGCUGGAUUGAAACAGCCCAUAAUUGUGGCAAAAAUAGAUGCUGACAAAUACAAGCGUCUAGCUUCCAAGCAUGAAAUUGAUGGGUAUCCGACUCUGAAGAUGUUUAUCCAUGGAGUUCCUUCAGAUUAUUAUGGACCACGAAAAGCAGAUUUACUUGUUCAAUUCCUGAAGAAAUUCAUUGCUCCUGAUGUUGCUAUUCUCAAUUCAGACUCCGCUAUUAGUGAAUUUGUUGAUGCAGCUGGUACUCAUUUUCCUAUAUUCAUAGGAUUUGGCUUAAAUGAGUCCGUGAUAUCAAACUUGGCCGUCAAGUAUAAGAAGAAAGCAUGGUUUUCAGUUGCAAAAGAUUUCUCGGAUGCAAUUAUGACCAAAUAUGAUUUUGAUAAGGUGCCUGCUUUGGCUUCCAUUCAUACAGCCCAGAAGGAACAGAGCAUCUUUUCUGGGCCUUUUGAAGAGCAAUUUCUCGAAAAUUGUAUAAAACAGAAUUUGUUCCCUCUGGCAUUGCCCAUCAAUGAAGAUACACUGCAGUUGCUGAAAGAUGAUGAUAGGAAAAUUGUGUUAUCCAUCGUACAGGAUGAAGCAGAUGAGAAAUCGCUGGGAUUAAUAAGAAUUUUGAAGGCUGCUGCAUCUGCAAAUCGCGACUUAAUAUUUGGGUAUGUUGGGGUCAAGCAAUGGGAAGACUUUACUGAAUCAUUUGAAGUUGAUAAGAAAACGAAGCUGCCAAAAAUGAUUGUUUGGGAUGGAAACGAGAAGUAUUUUUCGAUUAUUGGCUCAGAAAGCAUUGAAGAAACUGAUAUUGGUACACAAAUCUCUCGUUUUCUUGAAGACUACAGAGAAGGAAAUGUAAUACAAAAACGUAUUACUGGUCUGUCCUUCAUUGAUUUUAUAGGCUCACAGAUGGGAAUCAGAUUAGUUUUAAUGAUUAUAUUUGUGGUGGCUGUCAUGAUACUGAUCCUCACAAUUGGUAAGGAGGAACCUCCAAGGGUUGGCAGAAGAGACCAGGUUGAUCACGGUGGGAGCUCUGUCUCUCAGAAAGAAGCCAUUGAGUUACUUCGAGCCACUGACAAGGAAGAUUGAUCUUAUGCUUGUUGUGAUCCUCUUAAUCAAAUUACAGGCAACUGCUAGUUUAAAACUUUCUCGUGUUUCAACAUUUGCUGAAAAAUGACAAAACAAGAGGGUAUCUGAUACAGAAGAGUGGUGCUAUUUCGGACUAAGAAUGUGCAGGUAUUUGGCAUUAAUCUUUCUGAAAGAGAUCAUUUUGAAUAUUUAUUGUGUUUUCUACAAACAAGUUGUAUUCAAUAUGUACUGUACAUAAAUGGCAUUACCAAGAAUUCUACUCAACACUCGAGUAGGAUUACGGAGCGUGCCUCUUCAAGAUUAUACGUAGCUGACAUGGCAAUGUAUGUGUGUUGACGCAUUGGAUUGGAUAAAUUUGAACAUGACAAUUGAGAUAUUUGUUACAUAUACUUUCUUAAUCAUGUUGAGUCUGGGAUAAGAUACAUGUCCAU